UAGAGAUGGAUUAAGAUGUGGGCAUUGAAGAAAAGGGAGCAUAAACCAUUGAUCACAGGUAUGGCCUCACAUGUGCAAGUUUUCUCCCCUCACACCCUUCAAUCAAGUGCCUUCUGUAGUGUGAAGAAACUGAAAAUAGAGCCGAGUUCCAACUGGGACAUGACUGGGUACGGCUCCCACAGCAAAGUGUAUAGCCAGAGCAAGAACAUCCCCCCGUCGCAGCCAGCCACAACCGUCAGCACCUCCUUGCCGGUCCCAAACCCAAGCCUACCUUACGAGCAGACCAUCAUCUUCCCAGGAAGCACCGGGCACAUCGUGGUCACAUCAGCAAGCAGCACUUCUGCCACCGGGCAGGUCCUCGGCGGACCACAUAACCUAAUGCGUCGAAGCACUGUGAGCCUACUUGAUACCUACCAAAAAUGUGGACUCAAGCGUAAGAGCGAGGAGAUUGAGAACACAAGCAGCGUGCAGAUCAUUGAGGAGCAUCCACCCAUGAUUCAGAAUAAUGCAAGCGGGGCCACUGUCGCCACUGCCACCACGUCGACUGCCACCUCCAAAAACAGCGGCUCCAACAGCGAGGGAGACUAUCAGCUGGUACAGCAUGAGGUGCUGUGCUCCAUGACCAACACCUACGAGGUUUUAGAGUUCUUGGGCCGAGGGACGUUUGGGCAAGUGGUCAAGUGCUGGAAACGGGGCACCAACGAGAUCGUGGCCAUUAAGAUCCUGAAGAACCACCCAUCCUAUGCCCGUCAAGGUCAGAUCGAAGUGAGCAUCCUGGCCCGCUUGAGCACAGAGAGUGCUGAUGACUACAACUUCGUCCGGGCCUACGAGUGCUUCCAGCACAAGAACCACACGUGCUUGGUCUUCGAGAUGCUGGAGCAGAACCUCUAUGACUUUCUGAAGCAAAACAAGUUCAGCCCCUUGCCCCUCAAAUACAUUCGCCCAGUUCUCCAGCAGGUAGCCACGGCCCUGAUGAAACUCAAAAGCCUAGGUCUUAUCCAUGCUGACCUUAAACCAGAAAACAUCAUGCUGGUGGAUCCCUCCAGACAACCGUACCGAGUCAAGGUCAUCGACUUUGGUUCAGCCAGCCACGUGUCCAAGGCUGUGUGCUCCACCUACUUGCAGUCCAGAUAUUACAGGGCCCCUGAGAUCAUCCUUGGUUUACCAUUUUGUGAGGCAAUUGACAUGUGGUCCCUGGGCUGUGUCAUCGCAGAACUGUUCCUGGGUUGGCCGCUAUAUCCAGGAGCUUCAGAGUAUGAUCAGAUUCGGUAUAUUUCACAAACACAGGGUUUGCCUGCUGAAUAUUUAUUAAGUGCAGGGACAAAGACAACUAGGUUUUUCAACCGUGACACGGACUCACCAUAUCCUUUGUGGAGACUGAAGACACCAGAUGACCAUGAAGCAGAGACAGGGAUUAAGUCAAAGGAAGCAAGAAAGUACAUUUUCAACUGUUUAGAUGAUAUGGCCCAGGUGAACAUGACGACAGAUUUGGAAGGGAGCGACAUGUUGGUGGAGAAGGCUGACCGGCGGGAGUUCAUUGACCUGUUGAAGAAGAUGCUGACCAUUGACGCGGACAAGAGAAUCACUCCAAUCGAAACCCUGAACCAUCCCUUUGUCACCAUGACACACUUGCUUGAUUUUCCCCAUAGUACACACGUCAAAUCAUGCUUCCAGAACAUGGAGAUCUGCAAGCGUCGGGUGAAUAUGUAUGACACGGUGAACCAGAGCAAGACCCCCUUCAUCACACACGUGGCCCCCAGCACGUCCACCAACCUGACCAUGACCUUUAACAACCAGCUGACCACUGUCCACAACCAGGCUCCCUCCUCUACCAGUGCCACUAUUUCCUUAGCCAAUCCCGAAGUCUCCAUACUAAACUACCCAUCUACACUCUACCAGCCCUCAGCAGCAUCCAUGGCUGCAGUGGCCCAGCGGAGCAUGCCCCUGCAGACGGGAACAGCCCAGAUUUGUGCCCGGCCUGACCCAUUCCAGCAAGCUCUCAUCGUGUGUCCCCCCGGCUUCCAAGGCUUGCAGGCCUCUCCCUCUAAGCACGCUGGCUACUCAGUGCGAAUGGAAAAUGCGGUUCCCAUCGUCACUCAAGCCCCAGGAGCUCAGCCUCUUCAGAUCCAACCAGGUCUGCUUGCCCAGCAGGCUUGGCCAAGUGGGACCCAGCAGAUCCUGCUUCCCCCAGCAUGGCAGCAGCUGACUGGAGUGGCCACCCACACGUCAGUGCAGCACGCCACCGUGAUUCCGGAGACCAUGGCCGGCACCCAGCAGUUGGCGGACUGGAGGAACACGCAUGCUCACGGAAGCCAUUACAAUCCCAUCAUGCAGCAGCCUGCUCUAUUGACCGGUCAUGUGACCCUUCCAGCAGCCCAGCCCUUAAACGUGGGUGUGGCCCACGUGAUGCGACAGCAGCCAACCAGCACCACCUCCUCCCGGAAGAGUAAGCAACACCAGUCAUCUGUGAGAAAUGUCUCCACCUGUGAAGUGUCCUCCUCGCAGGCCAUCAGCUCCCCACAGCGAUCCAAGCGUGUCAAGGAGAACACACCUCCCCGCUGUGCCAUGGUGCACAGUAGCCCGGCCUGCAGCACCUCAGUCACCUGUGGGUGGGGCGACGUGGCCUCCAGCACCAACCGGGAGCGGCAGCGGCAGACAAUUGUCAUUCCUGAUACCCCCAGCCCCACCGUCAGCGUCAUCACCAUCAGCAGUGACACGGACGAGGAGGAGGAACAGAAACACGCCCCCACCAGCACUGUCUCCAAGCAAAGGAAAAACGUCAUCAGCUGCGUCACGGCAUUGAGCGCACUGGGGCUGGGCUCGGGGUAGCAGUAUUUUCCCACUGUGAUGCCUUAGAACUCUCACUUCUCACCUCCACAGACCGGACUCAGUGCAAUCUCAGGCCACUAGAGAAUGGAAGACGGUGAAAUGGGAUUAAAAUGCAAAAGAAACCUAUUAGAGGCUUUGGCACGGUGGCUCACUAGACGGACCCAGCGUAGGAGAAGUUUCUCAUGUCUUUGUUGCAGAUUCCUAAAGUUCAGAAAAGAACUCAGUGAGAGUUUGCAGAGAAAUGACCCUUGUGGGGCUCAGGCCCCAGAACACCAGCACCAGAGAGGGUCUUCCUGAUGCCGCUGCUGGACGUGCCCAAGCCUCUGAGAGCCCCUCAUCUCAGAUCCCUGUGUUGAACCUGACAUUGACUGUCCCUUAUUUGUUAAAAUUUGCAACAUCCCUCAUGUAAAUAUUAGCCAUUCAACAUGUGUUGAAUGCUUUCAGGACACCUGGGCCAAGGCUUCUGAGUGUUGUCUCAAGGGGCCCCCACAGCCACCCCACAGGGAGGGGGAUAACAGCCCCCGUUUUCAGAUGAGGAAGCUGACAGGACGCUCUGGAAGGUACAGGUGUUGGAGGAAGGAUAAAGCAGGGAUGCUCUAGAAUCCGCUAGGUUCCCUUUUCUGUUAAUCAGGCUCUUCCUGAGAUGUGAUUUCUAAUCUUUUACCUUUUUUAAUGAGUAGCAACGCGUGGCCUCAUAUUCCUAUGAACCAUUUCGUGAUACUCCCAUUUCCUGCGUGCCAAACACUGUGCUGGGAAUUGCCCGUGGGUUGUCCUGUUUCAUCUUCUCGGUAGCCCUGUGGGAUCAGCAAUAUCAGUCCCCCUACAGCCGAGGAAAAUGCCCGGAGCCACGCAGCUCGUGAGGGGCGAGGAGGGCUUGAAUCUGGGUCUGCCCAGCUCCAGAGCUGAGCUUGCAGCCGUUAGCCGCAGCUGUCUCCUGCUUGUGUGUGCAAAGAAAGACCUUUACACAGCGUCGCCCGGCGCCAGCCCUGCACCGUGGGACUCAGCUGGAGGGCUGUGCAAAGAGGGGACUCUUGAACUGGAUGUAGGCAAAAGGGAAGAAUUAGUUUGACCUUUCGAGAAAAUCUCUGGGGAGUUUCUUUUGAUUCAUAGUAGAAUUCCUUUUAGAUUUCUUUCCAGCAUACCAACUAGCUUUUAGUAGUGCUGCUACAACCAACUCUUAUAAGAGUGAAAAAGAAGUAUUCUUUUCUUCUUUAAAAAAUAAUUUUUUCUCGCUUAUAGUUAAUUCUAGAAAGGCAAUACUAAAGGUAUAUAUUUUUUUCUAAAUGCUAUUUUUUACUGCACUUGAUAAUUAUCCUGUCAGCUCUGAUCUCUGUAAUAGAUUCACUCUUCAGCUCUGGGCAGAACCAGAGGCAGGGUUCACACCAAAUUUGUAAAUAUCAUAUGUGGUUCUGGUGUCCAGGAACUUUUUUCAUUCUGUUAAAAAAAAAAAAAAAAAAGAAGAAGAAGAAGAGGCGGAAGAAAGACACAAGACUUAGAGGAGCAAAAGAAUGCUUUCUUUUGAGAUAGAUACUCUUCUUAAAGAAACAGCAACAAUUGUAUAAACAGGAAAACCAGCCAGCUUUCAUGAUAAAAAGGAGUGUCUCUUGCCCUGGUAUGAGAUUAACAGAAAUACAGAUGCAUUUUUAUUUUGUUUGAAAGGUGGUGAGAAUUUAGAAAUGCUUAGGACUAGAUUUUUAAUUUUUUAAAAGAACUAUUAUCAUUUGUUAUGAAAUAUUUGUUUGGUUGUUUUGAGUGGGAUUGUUGCUUUUUUCAUUUAAAACCUUCUUUGUUGACUGGCUCCAGGCUUGUUUGCCUAAAUUCUUAGGUAGUUUACACGAGUUCUAGAAUCUUUUAGAACUUUAACUCCAUUGGAAGCAAACCCAACUAAUCAGAGUUUGAGAUCCUGGUUGGUUUCAAUAGGUAUUCUGGAAUUCUGGCAGAACACCUAAAGAUUUUUUUUUUUUAGAAGGUUUUAGAUACAUUAUCUUACACAAACUGUGACCUAAUGGCAAUAAUUACCUCAAAUGUGGGCAUUCAUCCUGGUUUUAGCCUUUUUUGAAAUCAUGUAGCCAGCUUGAUCUUGGAAUUUAAAGACUAUGAAUUCUCUGUGGGCUGAAAAUAAUGAUUAUUUCAUACCCCAGUGAUCGUUGCUUAAGUGAAUUCUGAAAAUAGCUCAUCUUUACAACAAAAAUUAAACCAAGGAAGAGAUUAUUCUUUGUGUGUUGUACUCAAAUGUGAUGUUCAAAUGCACAUGUUAAGUAUAUAUGUUUUUAGCUACUGUAAAAUGCUGUUAGCCUUCUAAGAUAUCAAGAGAGUCACAUUUUAAAUGAGUAAACUAAACAAUUGACUGUGGAUACUUAAGCAUAUUUCUGGCUACAUUAUAGUUAAAGUGUUUUAUAGUUUACAUUUAAACUGGUACUUUUUAAAGAAAAGUUCUGUUUAUAACUGACAUCUUCAAACCCCAGCGAAUGCCUCUUAGUUGGACGCCGUGUCUCCCCCAAGGCGGGUGUGUUGUCCAGACUCUUCUGUAGCCCAGCGUGUAACUUCCCUCCAUAUUUUUGGUUUCCAUGUGAACUCGAGAGAAUGUGAAAGGCAAUCCAGAUGGAGGGAGAAGGUGUGAGUCCGCAGCCUGGCCAAGUGCGAAGCUCUCAUGCACGUGGUAUAAACACUUGUGUUCAAGGCCUUCUCUCUGACAUCUUGGAAGAGUCAUUAAGAACAGAUAACCUGGUUCAUUGAUUUUUGUCUUGAUUGAAUAUUUAACUUAUUAAUAGAUCCACUGAUUUCCAGGCACCAGGCAGUAGAAGACACUGGGAUUCAGGUGACCACGAAGGCACAGCUGCUACUUCUGGGCCCCGGGUGAUAUUUUGAUCAGCGUUUUGUAGGGGAGGACCAUACACCCCUAUUCCCAUGGUCACUGGUUGGGUUUUCCAUAUAUCUGCUGUCAUUUAUUCAUUUUCCCCUUGAAAGCAAAAUCAAUGUAAAAGGCUGUGUUUAUGUUUUACUCAUUGUCCAGCUUAGACUCGAAGCCUAGUUGGGUGGAAGGGAGACCUUAUCAUCCUCUCAGAGAUGGUCAGUGCUGAGCAGCAGAAGGAGGUGGAGACAGAGGGGUGGCUCAGCCUGGUCCACUGAGACCCACUGUAAAGGGACACCAUGUUUGGAACAAGAGAGAUGCUUCGAGACGGGAAUGGGCCCCACUGUCACGCAGGAACAGACUCGGGGAAUGGCAGUUUCUCUGAGUCUUGGUUUGUUUUAUGUUUUCUCUUGUGCCACCACCAAACUGCAGGGGAACUGCUGUGACCUAAAGGGCAUUGCUUUAGCAGAUAAGACCUUGAAAACUGCAGAACACCCGGGACCAGGGAGCUUCUAAAGAAUACAGAAAACAAUGCAUUUGCUUUUUCCCUGUGAAUGGCAUCGACAGCGUGUUCUUUCGACAGUCUUUUGGUAGAAAUGUUUCUGUAAAAUAGUUUCCAUCUCACCCCUCCUAAUCAUACUCCCACUUCCCUGUUGGUGUGCUGGUGGUGGUGGUGGUGUUUUUCCUUUACAUGAAUUAACCAAAUGAAUUCUGUGUCAUUGUCUUUGGGGCUUAUAUUUUUAAAACAUAGAAAUUGCCUUUUUGUUCAUUUGAAAAGUAAGUAUGUUGUAUCUGAAAAGGGCUGUGCCUCUGCUCUCCCUGGCUUCUUUGUAACCAAUCUCCACAUGAAUCUCUCAUGGCACUGCCCCCUUCCUUAUGUAGAGUCACUGUCCCAAGGGCCACCUCUGCCUCAACCUGCUGUCACCACAGCCCCAGGCACCCAAGACUCCCAGGAAGCACGAGAGCCCACAAGAAGGCCCUACUCAGCCUUGAGGCUGGUGGCCGAACCUCCCUGUCAGAGCCGCCUGCUGGGCUGAAGGGGCAAUGGAUUGUCAUUGUGGAAAUUGUUUGGCUCAGGUUAUAAGGAGGAACUUGGGAAGUAGAAAGUGGUUUGACCAUGCGCAUCCUUGGUAGCUUCCUGUAACUAAUGAAUGGGAAAGACCCCGCCCCACCACCCUGCCCCGGAGCAGAUAUUCCUGUCUGCGCUGCCCGAGUCCUUGGUCCCCUGUUUCUGCUCCCCUCCUUUUUGUGUUCCUGCUCACUUCAAGCUUCUUCCAUGGACUUCCCAGGGCACAAUCAUCUCUGGUCCCCAAAUCAUCUCUUCAUCCUCUUUGUGUACAUUCUUUUAACCAAAUGAACAAGAAAGUCAUACUUUGGGGCAGCAGAAUUUCUAGUUUAGUAGAAUCACUGUAUAGAGAUAGAUGUUGAUAUAUAUGUUUGUGUAUAUAUAUCAAACCAAAUUUGAUAGGAGAAGUAUAGCUUUACGGAUAAGGAGAAGGAAGAGCUCUUUAGAGGUCGGAGUCAGCACUGGUGUCUUGGACACGCGUGGGCCGUGUCCCAGGCCACUCCGCACACAUGGGGCUGAGGCAUGGCGCCGGACCCUUGUCAUCCACCUCACCGCAGCAGAGCUGGCGGGCCCUGCAGGGUGCCGCUGCUCUCACUGGGUCCCAGCUUCAAGGGCAUCGCUGGGUGAGGGGGGCAACAAAUCAGGAUGACUGAAAUUUUCCAUCCCAUUUUGCUUUGACCACAUGUAUUGAGCUGUAGCCUCUGAUACACUAUCACAUUUCCAAAAAUGGUAUCCAUUAGGAUGGAAAGAGAACGGAUCUGUAGAAAUGUUUACCUUUCAACUGCCCAUGAAUUCAGGACACUGGAUAGAAAGACUCACUCCCCAAAAUGAGAACAGGGAAGAGGAGACCUGGUGACACGCUGUCACUAGGUCCAAGGAACGUGGCUCCCUCCCCACGGUCAUCUCACCUAGAUCUUUCUCUCCCAGGUCAUCUCAGCUCAAUCUCAAUAACCCUAUGAAAGCCCUGGUCUGUUGUGUUCCUUCACGGUAUGGUUUCUGUAAUAAAAAGUGUUAAUCCAUGUUAAUCUAUGUGAAAAUUAUUGCGUGCGACAGUAUUUUCUCGUGUACCUCUUUUUCCUAUGUGAAUUGUCCCUCUUUUUUAUUUAUAAAUGUCUACUUUUUUUUAAAAGACAAACCAAUGUGUUGUAGACCUAUAUGUAACCUAUUCCUUAGUCUCAUAUUAUAGGUAUGUUAUAAGAAUGGAUAUUUUACUUGGCUUUAGAAUGUUUUACAAGAAAACUAAUUCUUAACUGAUCAAGUCCUUGCUACUAAAAUGCUUGUGUUUUUCAUCAUGAUGUCGUGUGCUUCUAAAUUAAUCAUUUUCGUUGUAGAAAAAUGGAGUGAAUUUAUAUUAGUCUUGGAAACUAAUAAUAGCAUUGUAAAUUUAUGAGAUGAUUUUAACAGAAAAAAAUUAUAGAAGAAUAUAGUUAUUUUAAUUGUAAUAUUACUAACUGUAGGGUGAGAAAAAGGGGGGUCCCGUUGUGGUGAACUAUGUUAUAGCUUGUUACUCACAGUUUCUUUUUGAUCAUUUUUUCGGUCUCUGAGGUGAAACGACUUAUUAAUUAAAAUUUGUAAACUCACAUAUGCAUAUUGUAUAUGUGUAGAAAUGUAAUCACACUUUGUCUUGGAAUUACAUUAAACUGUUUGAAAUCACUGUA